UCUCUUUGUUCCAGAUGCCAUCACGACAAUAAUCGUCAUAUCGCUAGCGGUAUCACGCACCAAUCAAAGACUGAUUUUAAGUAGACAUUCCCGCUCGUUCCGAGAAAUGCGAUAGCCAUGUUCAAGCUUCUAGGAGGAUUAAGCGUGUACUUCAAGUACCAGCCAAUCAAGACUGACAAUGCUGUGUUCAGACUGCACAACGUUUUUACGACAGUUCUGCUGCUGACUUGCUCGCUGAUAAUCACAGCGACGCAGUAUGUGGGCCAGCCGAUACAUUGCAUAUCCGGACCCGGCCUCCCCAACCAUGUGGUCAACACGUUCUGCUGGAUCACCUCCACGUUCACUAUGCCAGAUGCGUUCGCUAGAGAGGUGGGCAAGGAAGUCGCGCAUCCGGGCAUCAUGAACGAGUACGACAGCACGCAAGCCAAGAAGUACUACUCGUACUACCAGUGGGUGUGCUUCGUGCUGUUCUUCCAGGCCAUAAUGUGUUACACGCCCAAGUACCUUUGGGAUGCCUUUGAAGGAGGGUUACUUCGGACCAUAGUCAUGGGUCUGAAUAUAGGCAUCUGCCAUGCGGAGGAGAAGGAGAAGAAGAUGGAGGUCAUCAUUGGAUACCUCAUCAGGCAUGAAAGGCGGCACAAGCUCUACGCGUUCCGCUACUGGGGCUGCGAAUUGCUCUGCCUGGUGAACAUCGUCCUCCAGAUGUGGAUGAUGGACAGCUUCUUCAACGGCGAGUUCCUCUCCUACGGCACAAGAGUGCUGGGUUAUAGCGAGGUGCCUCAGGAGGAGAGAUACGACCCAAUGAUCUACGUGUUCCCGCGCGUCACCAAGUGCACGUUCCACAAGUACGGUGCGUCCGGCACCAUACAGACGCACGACAGCCUCUGCGUGCUGCCGCUUAACAUCGUCAACGAGAAGACGUUCAUCUUCCUGUGGUUCUGGUACAUCAUACUCGCUGUGAUCCUCGCCUUGCUCGUGGUUUAUAGACUAGUGAUAAUCUUCGUGCCUUCAGUCCGGCCUAGGCUGCUCCACGCUAGAUCUAGGACCAUACCGAUCGAGUCUGCGCUGAUCGUCUCGAGACGGACGGACGUGGGUGAUUGGUGGUUGCUAUAUAUGCUCGCGAGGAAUAUGGACCCGCUUAUAUACAGGGAACUAAUAGCGGAGCUGAUAAAGGGGAUGGGCGAGAAGAGGGGACCGCGUGCGUGACGCACGAAGCGGGAGCGGGACAUCGCCGUGCUCGCCGUGUGACGUCACACCUUCCUACUGUACAUAUAGAGCUUUCUGGUAAAUGGGGGUAGCUGGAUGAGUGACUCGACUAUUUUUAGGAUGCUCUGAUAUUGAAAUUCGUGUUGUGAAAUUUGAGAUUGGCGGGAAUUGGGGGUAGAUGGGGAAAUUGUAAUUGCGAUUCUGUAAAGUACCCGCAAGUAAUGUAAAGUUAAUUAUUGGUAAUUUGUGGUGGACGAUAAUGGUAUAUUGACGAAUCUUGAUGGUACUGAAUAUAUUUAUUAUCUUGGGGGUGCUUAAAUUUUGGUUAAAAUGUUGCCAUAUUUAAAAAACCCUAGUUUUAAUGCAUUCGUGUUUAUUUUAUACAGAAAUAUGUAAUUGUGAUUGCAAUGAUUACACGUGUCUUGAAAAUUGUAUUAAAAUUUUAAAAUUGUUUCGGAUAAAUAAUAAAAAAUGCUAGAAUGAAUUGAUCAUAUCUUGAAUCUAUUGAAAAUCUUAAAGCGUUUAAUUUCUUCGAGCUACUCUUAAAUUUCGUCGUUCAUAGUUUCAGAGAGUCUAUGAGGGUAGAAUGACAUUUCCAGCUACCCGCCAUUAAGGUUUAAUUAUAAUUAAGGUUUCGAUAAGACCCUAUGUUACGUCUGAUACUGGCCUUAAGUGUACAUAUGAUUUCCUUUGCGUAGUUUUUUAAAUGAUGCUGAAUGAAGUUAGAAUUACACAAGUAUAAAACUUUUGAGUGGUUUUGAAAUGAAAUUGAACUGAAAAUUUGCUCUGUUACUAUUGAGAGAAAUACUCCGUAUAUAAUUAUAGCAUUAUUAACAGAUGAUUUCAAGCGAUAAUGUUAUUUGAAUCUGUAUUAUGUAUACAUAGGAAUCAUUAUCCAAUGCUCGAUUCAAUGGAUGCAUCUAAUAUUUUUUAUGCAAUUUAUUUUGCAAUUCUAUGAUUGCAUGAAACUUCUUUGAUUUAUUCGUUUUCUAUCAAAUUUAAACUCUAUUUAAUUUAUUGAUCUUUGUUUCUUUUUCUGACAUUACUUACAAUUCAGAGCGUCAUUCCGUAUUUUAAAUUAAUUUUUCGAUAGUAAAUGUUACAUUUUCACUUCAAUAUUUUAUAGUUUCCUAUGAAGUUGCCAUAAUCGAAUAUUAAUAAUAACAAUAUUAAAAAAUAGGGAAUUUUUCAAAGAUACUGUUAAAAGGCCUUAAUUUAUUCAUUUUAAAAAUCUCACGAGUGAAUCUCACAUUUUUUCUUUACAAUAUAAUAUAUACUUUUUGGAAUUAUUUCCAGGAUAACAAAUCUUUACUGUAUAUCUCAUUAAAAAGUAAUAAUACGAACCAAUUAAACCUAGCAUGUGUCACAUGUAAGAUAAUGACUAUCCCCAAACAUCAAAUACUGUACACCACUUUCGAAGUGGCGGAUUAUCAUACACUUCAAAUCCAUUAUGAAAAUUCUUGCCAAGUUAAUUCAAAAGAACAAAAAAAUAAUAAAUAAACAAAGUUAUAUCUUAUAGUAAUGUUACAUUUUGAUGAAUUGUUAUUUGCUCUGUAAGCAACAUCACACUAACAAUUUUAUGUUAAUCAAAUUGUAAUAGAUAACAUUAUUGGCCGAUUUGACGGCCUCUGAAUAUGUUCUGCUUAACUUAUCUGACAGAUAAAUAACAUGGAAUAUUUUUCAAUAAAAUAAUAAUUGUAGCCUAAUAAAAACUCAUUUUGUUUAUUUUAUAAAUGAAAGCUGACAGACAAACUAAAUCAUAGAAUAUAUUCAGGAGUUGUGAAGCUGCCAGUAAACACGUCUAGGUUGUUCUGGGGUUGGAAACGUAAUGCUGUAUUUGAACUAAAUAGUGUAAUUUAUAAAGCGUAAGGGUCACCGCACACGGGACACUAGCGGCAGUCACAGACUCUGCGAGAUAUGAUUUGGACCGUGAGUCCAUAUAAAAUGUAUAGAAACUUCGACAAAUAUUCCGGUGGCGGUGUUUUGUGAUUAUGGUCGGUUGCCCGUGUGCGGGGAUCCGAAUUGUCUUUGUCGUAUGAAGGGUUGGUUAAAUGGUCGUAAGGUAAAAACAAUUUUUGGCGUACAAAAAUGCUUUUUUUUUUAAAGUUUUGUGAUGUGUUAAUUUCUUAGUAGAUAUACAGCAGUCCCAUUGUCAAGUAUGGGCCCAGAUGUAGAACACCAAUUGGGCACUGGGACACCUGUAUUUUUUAUUAGAUUGCGUAUACAGGAUGUUCCAGUGAAGACAGUCAGGCAUUGGUCCAUAGUAAGAACACCCCUUGGAAACUGGGACACCUGUAUUUCUAACCCUUUUGUAUUCCCUAACUGAGUACCUUUUUGAUAUUAUUACAAGGUUAUAUAGGUUGUAUUUAGCAUUAAGACGUGUAUUCAUUCUAAAUUUAAGGGGACCUGAUUUACAGUAGAAUCGCAUUUUUUAUUCAAACGUAGACAUUGUUAAUUCGCUCUCGGGUUUCUCGGUUGUGUCAAUUAAUCUAUACCUAUAAAUAUGAAGAGUUUGUUUGUUUGAACGCGGUAAUCUCCGGAUCGACUGCGCGGACUUUAAAAGUUUAUUUCACCGUAUCAGAUCCCUGAUGUACCACGGCCGAAGACGGGACGGCCGCUUGUAUAUGAUAUAUUUUUGGUCAAAUAUCUUCAAUUGUGCCAAUUGUCUAUAACAUUUUGUUUUAUUCCACGCGAUAUGUAUGUUUAUUUCAUAACAAUAUUAUGUAUAUACGCUUUUAUAUGAAUAUCGACCCUAUUCUAAUGCAGUAAAGAUCUAUUUUACAUGCAAAAUCUAAGAGCUUAUUUCCAGCGCUCGCAUCAAAUAAUUUGCCUCUAAUACAUCGAUUCAAACACUUUUACCUUAAUAUCGUAUGCACUAAGCAUGAAAGAGAGCAAUAAUUAUAUUUUGUCAAUGAUUAAUUAUGUUUAUUAGUUAAUGCUUUAUUAAAAUGACUUAUGACCAACUUUUAUGUAAUUUUUCACCUAAAAUAUAAAAGUUGCUAAAAUAAUGAAAUUAAUAUUUGAGAUCUUUUAAUUUCAAUAAAACCAAUCAAAUUUACGGAUAAUUUAUGGAAUCUUUAUUAUAUAUUACAGUGAAAAUGUACCUCGCGGAUAAUGUUGAAGUUCUUAAAAAGGCGCUAAAGCUAAGUGUUUAAAUACUAAAAUUGAUUGAUACGUAAUGAAUGCUACGUGCGAGCGAGACGGCAUUACAUCAAAAUUGCGUUAGAGCGAGCGAGAUGCAAUGUAGUGUAUGAUUGCAAUUUUUAUUGACACGAUUUAUAAGCUAUGUAUUAAAUUAAAAUAUUAUUAUGUAUAUAAAAUACACGUUUGUUUGUAUGUUGUAUAUCAUGUUUGUAUGACAUAUCGGAUAUCGGAGUGCACACUUGUGUUUGUCGUGAGAUUCGUGUGAAAUGGCCUAAAACGUGUUCAUUUAAAUAUAUACAAUGGUUUCGAUAAUUUUACACAAUAUUAUAGUGUUUAUUACGUGACAUGUUUGGACGAGACAGAAUUCCACAUUCAAAAUUAAUUUAACUUUUUUAAAGGCAUAGCAAUAAUAGACUGGAAAUAAUUUUAUAGUUAAUUUUGUCUUAUCAAACGAUGUCACUAUAUUAAACGCUGUGAUUACGGACUGAUUGUACAUGUAUACAUUGUUAUUAUUACUAUAAUAAUUGACAUUUGUAAAGUGACCAAUGAGAGGGCUCAAUGCGUCUCGGCUCGUCUCUCAUUGGCUGCUCGAAUAUCAUCGAUUUGACAUGUGUGUAUGGAUUAGGGAUUAUUAUCCUGGUCCCUUAUUGGCUAUUGUGGGAGUGACGGGUGAUCUUAUAAGUUUUUUUAAAUAUUGCCCAAUGGCAGACCGCGAUGCGUUCGGACUAAUCUCUGAUUGGUUAAAAGCAAUCUUAAGUGAAAUAUUGACUAUUGUUAUUAUCUUAAAAUUAGAGUUAAAGUAAUUGAGGCAAUAAUCUCUUAAUUUUUCCAAUUGCGUGUAUACACACAGAAAUUAAGUUUGGGAGUUUAAUUUUUAAGUGCCAAGUUUCACUAUUACACAUAAAUAAAAUGGGCUGAGUGUUGCAUACAUAUGUAGUUAUAGGAAACUAAAGGAAGAAAGAAGGAGGAAAGGAGACCUAUAUAUUACACUAUCAUCUCUUUCGAAGGGAUUAUGUUUUGUUAGAUCGAGACGGAUCGGGUUGAUUAUAAAAUAUCAUUAAUUUUUUUUUUUUGCUUUGAAAUAAAAAUAUGUGUCCUAAAAUUUUCUGUAUUUUUGGUUGUGUAUUUAUAGAAGCGAACAAUUUACAUUUUUUGUAUGAUAAUUUAUUUGAUACUUGCAACCCUCGGCUCAUUAUUUCCUACGAUUGUCUUAAGGUUGUGAUAUACAAACAUACUGUCUGCCUUAUAUGUUGCAAUAACCUUUGAAAUUUAGACUAGACUGUUGUUGAGACUAUUUCCCGAAUAUUAUAUAGAAUUGCUCAAUUUUUCUUGAUUUUAUUAAAUUUAUAUUGGAAAUUUUCCACUACAUAACCGGUACCUUUUCAUUUGUUUGUGAAGAAGAUUUACACGUGAACUAUGAUAUUAUGAAUAAGCGUUGUCUCUGGUAUUGUAUGGAUGUUGAUUUUGCACGUUUGGUCAAAUGGCUUGAUCCAACUUGUGUUAUAACGGUCUGUCUACACAGUUUUGAACGAUUUCUCCUUCAUGCUUCACUUGACUGUGUAGACGGAGCUUUGCGAAAUGAAUAUUGUCUAUGGUAUCAAAAGACAUUUAACGGAAGUUCAAAUGAUUGCCAUGUCGGCUUUAGUUAUAAUCUCGCAUUUAUUUUAGUUUUAAAUUUUUCCAAUAUUUGUGUUUAGUUGUAUUUUGUAGCGAAUUUUUAAUAUAAUUUAUUAAUUUAUUAAGUUCUAAUGUAUCCAACAAAUGAUAUUUUUUGUAAUAAGUUGAAAUUAUAUGACUUCGAUUUUUUGA